AUGACCGUAUUUGGCGAUCAGUAUACGCCCGUCUAUGAGACUGUCACAACGACAGUGCGCAAGUACUUCCACCACCCCCCAGCUGAAGAUGACUCUGGAGAUAGCGCCGGAGACAGCACCGCCUCGCAGCUUAUACGCAUGCCUUUCUCUGGUUUGAUUAGAUCUGGAUACGUCUACGACUUUGAAAUGACGAGGCAUGCGCCGUUUGACGAAGACGAUCACCCAGAGCAGCCAGCGAGGAUUACGCGGAUACAUCAGUCCCUCUCCAAUGCCAAAUGUAUUUCGAGAAUGCUCAGGAUUGGCUCUCGUAAAGUUACUAGAGCUGAAGUGACGUUGGUCCACUCACCCGAAUACUGGGAUAGAGUUAAUUUACUCGCAUACAUCCCGGAGAUUGAGCUUAGAGCUAUGGCGUCGCUGCAUGAGCGUAUGUCUGUAUACGUUAAUCCAAUGACUUCCUACGCUGCUCUUCUCUCGGCUGGUAGUCUGUUAGAGCUCACAAAGGCUGUAUGCGACGAGCGUAUCCGCAACGGCUUUGCCAUCAUCAGACCUCCUGGCCACCACGCCGAGCCCGAGCAGAUGAUGGGCUUCUCUUUCUUCAACAAUGCAAGCAUAGCGGCGCGCUGGGCGCAGAAGAACUACCCCAACUCUAUCAAAAAGGUCUUGAUUCUUGAUUGGGAUGUACAUCAUGGCAACGGUACACAGAGGGCCUUUUACGAUGAUCCAAGUGUGCUUUACGUUUCCCUGCAUCGCUACGAGAACGGCACGUUCUAUCCUGGCAGUGAUUUUGGCGGUAUGAGCAUGACCGGUAGUGGUGCCGGCGAGGGAUAUUCUGUCAACAUACCUUGGCCUCAUGCGGGUAUGGGCGACUCAGAGUAUCUUCAAGCCUUCAAUCAAGUCGUCAUGCCGAUAUCGCAGGAAUUCGCGCCAGAUUUGGUGAUAGUAUCUGCGGGAUACGACGCAGCCAUCAACGACCCACUGGGUGAAAACCUGAUAACACCUACAGGAUAUGCGCAAAUGACGCACCAGCUGAGUAGUCUUGCGGGUGGAAAGAUGAUUGUCGCACUUGAGGGAGGAUAUAACCUCGACUCUAUUGCAACGUCUGCAACAUCCACCACGCAAACAUUGUUGGGAGAAAUACCUCCGCAGCCACUUUUCAACACAGUGGCAAAAGAAACGGCUAUGGAAACUCUCCAUGACGUCUGCAUGGUUCAAUCAAAGUAUUGGAGGUCUAUAUCACCACGUUCAAUAUCCAACAACGCUACUAAAGCUUCUACGGAAAGCGUCAUUUCUAUGUACGAAUUGUUGUCGAAAUAUCGUCAGCAGCUGCUUUACGAAAAGUACAGCAUGUUCAGCUUAGAUGUUACGGACGAGUAUAUAAGAGACAGAUUCAAAAAUCAAGUUAUGGCCACCAGCGAUCUCUACAACAUAGACACACUCCUAAUCAAUGUUCACGACUUUGGCAAUCUACUCUUUGAGAGUAAGAAUAGCGGCGAGAUCAACCUCGAUAAGUCGUUCCUGGUAGAUACAACUGACAAGAUACUGCAACUGGCCAAGGAGAAAGGAUGGGGGGUGAUUGAUGUAAAUAUCUUCCACAAUUUCGCCAACCAAGCCCGUCAAACGAGAUUAUUCCGAAGUCAAGUAGAUCCAGUUAAAGAUUUGCUGAUAUGGCUGUGGGAUAGCUUUGUUGAUCUCGCCAAACCCGAAAUGAAAGUGGUGUUUGUUGGGUUCGGCAGUGCUUGUCCUGCGUUGACGAGAUUCUUCGAAAGCCGCAGCUCGAGUAUACAAAACCGGGUUAUGUCCAACAUAUACAUUCCUGGUAUGCUAGACGUACCUCGGAUAUUGAAGAUAAUGAGGGAAUGGUACGAAUUCAAGACACUCGUUCUCAUACCGUCGAAUCAUGACCACGUGGAGAACGGUAAACAGUUUAAGAGUUUUGGGAAGGUGUUGAUCAGCGAGGAGUCUAGUAGCUGGGUGUUGGUUGAAAGGCAUUUGAGUGAUAUUAUGGCGUGGAUCAGUAGUAGGAGCAGCGUGUUGGAACAAGGCAACGAGAUGGAGGUGUGA